UACCAUUUAGAAUUGUCUAAUACAUGUUUGCUGGUGUGUAAUAAGAGAUGUGCAUAAUGUUUCUCCAUAGGUCUGACUUAUCUGUUACAUGAAAUCAAAUUCAUUUCCUCACUCAUCAAUGGUCUUUGUCUCAAUUGGCUUACCAUGUCCAUUUUCUCCACUCAUUUUGCUUUCCUGGCAUGUUUUGUUCGUAGCAUCCUGUGCUGAUAUUAUUGGAAGAGCCUAUAAAGUUGUUUACACAAACUUCAUAUUUUCUGUUCUCGUUUUAAGAGUUUUGAGGAAUUCUUGCAUCUUACGUUUUCCCUCUUAUUGGAUACUAAAAGAACAGGGUGCCUUCUCCAGCUUAUGUUGAUUCAAAUUUGACUUCCACUUGUAGGAAGUUUCAAUGCUUUGAAGUCUAUGGAUGUGGCCAUGAGUUAUUGUUGGAGAAAACCAGAGAGGUAAUUCUUGAUUCAAGCUUCAUUCUUAAACCAGCUGCUCUUUUAGUAUUUGGUUGGCUAUGUAGGAAUUCAUCCAAGACAUGGAAUGGUUGAGAAAUUUGCAUAGCAGGAAUCUCAGUUUUUCGUACAUGGAUCAACAGACUUGAAAGAGGUUGUAUGGUCUUGCCACAGCUUAAGAUUGAUGAAGUUAGUAGCCUUCUCUCCAAGGCUAGCACAAUUACUUUGGGUCCAGAGGAAGAGUUGUUAACCGACUGUUGGACUUGCUUAAAGGUUGAGAAGCUAGAUAUGUUUGAACUAGAUUCUAUCAAUUUGUGCAGAAUCUAGUAUUCAGAUUUGAGGAAGAAAGCUGAAGUACCGUAUGAGAUAUAGGUAGACAUUCUUGAAUUGUGAAAAAAUCUGAGUUGGAUAGAUGUCAUUUUGUGCUCCUAAUGAUCAGUAUGGAGAAAGGUUUAUCGAGCGCUCUCGUGUCUUAAAUGGUAGGAAAUACUAAGCUCCAAAUGAUCAUUUUGUUCUCCUAGUGAUCAGUAAAGAGAAAAUGCUCAAAUCUGAGCUGAAUUUGAACCAAUUCAAUGACAAAAGGAAAGACUUGGUUGUGCCAAAUGAUCAAAGAGAUUACACAUUGUAUAGAGGAAAUGAAUAUCGAAAAAUAGAUAAAGCAUCAAUGAUUUUCUUUCAAUAGGGAAUUUGAUCAGUAUAGUAUACAUUUCACAAAGGAAUGUAUCAUAAGACAAUGCAGCCGCUUGUUAUGAAGAAAUAAGAGCAAAUUGCUCGAUACCAUAUGAAGAUAGGGGAAACCCAAUUUUUUAUAGGUUCAAAAACCAGACAAGAUAUGUGUUCUGGUGUAAACAAGUCAACGUGCUUGGGGCUGAAAAUGAUGGUAGAACUUUGUGGAUGAUUUAUGCCUCUAAGAGUUAGCAUUUUUUGACUAAGCUAUGUACUUUGACUUGGUCUUUUAGUUCUCCUUAAUGAGAACCAUUCUUUGAUAUGGUCCACAAUUUGGUACAUAUAAGGCCUGCAGAGUCUCCUUUGACCUAGACGUUGAGUCGAAUGACGUAGCUGGUCACUCUCUCAUGGAAAGCCAUUCACAUGGAGGUUCUGGUCUUCCAUUUUCAACGUAAUGCACUCUGUCUGUAAGCAUUUAAUUCAGUGUAAAAGCUUGGACAAUGAUUUGACUUUUCAUAAUCGAACAACUUAGCCAAUGAAAAUGGAAAUUUGUGGUGUAACAGCGGAGAAUGUGAAGAGAGAGAGAAGGAAAUUGGUGUGUCUUUUCUAAGUUGAACAAAACCAUGUGAAACGGCCUACUCAAAUACCUAACCAUCAGACUUCAAUACCCCACUCUGCCAUUUGAAUACCAUCGCUCACAGCACAACUCUUUUUUCCAAAACUCUAUAAAAACUGAACAUCAAAUGAUCCUUCAAACACCAAAUUCAACUCAGUCCAAGUGUUGAUUUCUCUUACAGGUUCUAUACUAACCAGAUCAAAGCUUUAGACCUUUCUAAGAGUCCUUCUCGAGAAAAUGGGAAUUCGAUUGCUAUCCUUGGUUCCUCAUGCCAAGCAAAUCCUAAAGAUGCAGUCAGGUUUUACCAAAAGUCAGUUGGAUGUGCCAAAAGGCCAUGUGGCUGUUUAUGUAGGAGAGAUCCAAAGAAAGCGGUUCUUGGUUCCAAUUUCUUACUUAAACCAUCCGUUAUUCCAAAAACUACUCAGCCAUGCAGAGGAAGAGUUUGGCUUCCAUCAUCCACAGGGGAGUCUAACAAUUCCUUGCAAGGAGGAUGCCUUCAUUGAUCUCACCUCCAGAUUGCAAGUAUCUUGAAGGAUGCAGAAGAAAGGACAAUCAUCUGCCGUUUUUGACAAUUUUUUUUCCGACUCAUUUACUUUUAGACACAUACUAGAUUGUUGUAGAGUGGGAAACCUUUCUACCUGUAAAUGAGUUGCAUUGUAAAGUUACUUAUACCACAGGAUUAAUGAAAAUAGACCAAUUCAGCAUA